AGAGGCUGCUGAGAACAAGAUGUUAGUAGAGACCAGCAUCCAAACAAAUGCAUGGACAUAGACCUGCUUCUGUACCGGUUCCAGAGAAGAUGGUGGCCGCUGUGCACACCUUGUUCACCUCAAGUAAACAUGUUCAACCUGAUGAGCAACUGCUGCACCUGGUUCUCCAAAAUACAGGAGCCAAUCAGGAAAGUGACAGUUCUUGUGGUUGGUCUUGACAAAGCAGGAAAAACAUCCUCCAUCAGAGGGAUGUUAAGAGUUCCCCAUGGCGUGGAAGCAGGGCCCACCCAUGGGUGCAUCAGGAAUGAGCUGAGAGUGGAGAACUACCUGGUCACCCUGAUGGAUGUCGGGGGGUCGGCAGAGUCUCGGGGGAUCUGGAAGGAGCUGUGGGGAGAGGCUCACGGGAUCAUCUUCGUGGUGGACUCCAGCGACAGACACAGGAUCAGGGAGGUCAAGGAUGUCCUGGCUGACCUGCUGAAACAGCCCAGAGUGGCAGGAAAACCCAUACUAGUGCUGGCAAACAAGCAGGACAAAAUGAACGCUUUGCUGGGAAGUGAGCUGAUUGAGAUUCUGUCUCUUGAGAAGCUGGUGAACCAGAGCCGCUCUCUGUGCCAUAUUGAGCCUUGUUCAGCCUUAAUGGACCUGCGCCGCUGGUCUGACAGAAAGACUCUGCGGGGGCUUCGCUGGCUGCUGCGGGCCGUUUGUCUGGAUUAUCCAGAACUGUGUACGCGUGUGGCCCAGGACAGCAGGAGACCCAUAGAGCCAAGGGAGAGGGGCAAGAGCGAGAAAACAGAGAAAGUUCGGAGGAAAACCAAAGCUGAGCGGAUACGAACCAGCAAGUCGGACCUUCGUCAGGUUCAUCGGCCAAAAGACAAGGAGAAGAAGAAAAAGGGAGAAGGAAAGCUGCAGCCCAUUCGGAACAUGCUCCAAAAGGAGACAACGCUGAAAAAGACCCUGAAGACAAAAAGGAAGAAGAAGCUGGUCAAGGUUAAGGAAGACGAAACAGAAAAAGAUCAAGUCAAUGACCAGGAGGAGGAAGAGGAGGCUGAUGGGAAUGAAGGAGAGCAGGAGAACUCCUGCCACAGAGAUAAAGCCAGCAGUGCCCUGAUCCCUCCUAAAAAAGGCAAACUGAAGCGCAAAUCCAAGGUGAAAGAAGAGACUCUGGACAUGAACGAAUCGCAGGACAACGACGAGAAGCCACUGAAAGAUAAAGGGGAAAAGAGAAAGAAGAAGAAAAAGAAAAUUGUGAAAGUUAAAAGAAAAAACAAGAUCAACACAGAAGAGAUGAAUGGAACUUAUUCUCAGCCUGUGGACCUUUCUGCAACCUUUGAUCUGUACAGAAAAGCAAUACAGGCCCUGAAGGAUCGUCAGGAUCAGGGACAGUGAGAAUGGAUCCUGGUCAAGUCCUGAUGCCAGAGUGUGAA